UGAUGCAGACACGCGCUCCGCAGCUUCACUUUGAGCGCUUCAUUGUGUUCGUGCACUGGAACUCAUGCGUGUCACUCACCGCAGACCAGUCAGAGCAGAUUGAUAUUCUCCGAAGGAUUCAUCUCGCCUCAAUCCAUUCAGGAUUGGAUUACGUGUUAAAUCCUGCACCGGGAUUCGGUUCUGUCCCUUUGAAGAUGCCCGCUUGUGGAUCGCAGAUUGGGGACUUUCGCAGAAUUAAACGAGCUAAAGGCUGUGUGGUGAUAGCUGAAGCCUUCCUAUGAGGUGAGCAUAUCUGUUUGGACCUCCGGCUCCCCUCCCAGUGCCAGCAGCAGCAGGACUAAGGGAUGUCACAAGUAUUUCUCCUUCUGACCCUGCUCAGUUUCUCCUCCUGCAUCCAGGUGUCAUCUGCUGCAUCUCUCAAAACAUUGAUGGCAAGAUGGAUGAUGUAUCGAGAUGAAUGUUUUCGAAAUAUUACCAGAGAACCGCCGAUGACAGGUCUUGUGUGCAACAGAACAUUUGAUAAGUAUGCCUGCUGGCCGGAUGCACUGCCCAAUACUACAGUGAGUGUGGCCUGCCCCUGGUACUUGCCCUGGCACAAGGAAGUCCGACAUGGGUUUGUGUAUCUGGAGUGUGAUGCAGACGGACAGUAUAGCAAACAGAAGAACGCCAGUGAAUGUGUAUCACGUGACCCCGCACAAAUCAACAUGCAACACUACGGACGGGUCCUCAGUCAGUUCCGGACUAUGUACACCAUUGGAUAUUCCCUGUCUCUUGGUGCGCUGGUGCUGGCGUUGGGCAUCCUGGUAUCCUUUAGGAAGCUGCACUGCAUGAGAAACAACAUCCACAUGAACUUGUUUGCCUCUUUCAUCCUGCGAGCCUCUUCUAUUCUCAUCAAAGAUGCCAUGUUGGAAAGGCCUGAUGACUUCCAUGUUGGUCAAGACAUCACCACUGAACUGGAGGUGGAGUGGCUGGUUAAAAACGAGACGGCGGUCGGCUGCAGAGUUGCAAUGGUGAUGAUGCAGUACAGCAUACUAGCUAACAACUACUGGCUGCUGGUGGAGGGCAUCUACCUGCACAGCCUUCUGGUCGUGACAGUCUUGACAGAGAGGAAUUACUUCGGCAUCUACCAGUGUAUUGGCUGGGGUGCCCCUCUGAUAUUCGUGUUGCCAUGGGUGAUCGUGAAGUACUUGUAUGAGAAUGAAGAAUGCUGGGUGCAGAAUAUUAACAUGGAGUACUGGUGGAUAAUUCGUUCGCCAAUCCUGCUGGCCGUGUUGAUUAACUUUUUCAUCUUCAUACACAUCAUCAAGAUCCUCGUGUCCAAACUGAGGGCGCACCAAAUGAGAUAUUCUGACUACAAGUUCCGGCUUGCUAAGUCAACCCUCACCCUGAUUCCGUUACUGGGAAUCCAUUCGGUCCUGUUUUCGUUUGUUACUGAUGAGUCUACCUCACAUGGUGCUCUAUCCCUGCGCCUCACAAAGCUCUUCAUCGACCUCUUCUUCAACUCCUUCCAGGGGCUGCUGGUAGCCAUCUUAUAUUGCUUUGUCAACAAGGAGGUUCAGUCUGAGAUUCUGAAGAAAUGGAGACGUUGGAAGCUUGGGAGGGACAUUGAGGAGGAAUACCGUCACACCUACAGCCAGUCCCUUCAGAUGAAGAGUGGCAGCAUCAUGGUCCCUCCUUCCAACCUCUCGCGGCUGCCUGAUAUCGCUACCACUACCUCCCGGCUCGGCAGUCCAGAAGAGAAGCAGAUGUUGGUGUCCAACAGCCAGAAUGGUAUGGGUACUGGAUUGCCGUUCACCUCCACACCACAAGAUAGUUCCACCUGCAGUUCGAUAACAGAAGACAUAGUCAUGGUGGACAGGGGAAAGUGUUGUAGUGUUCACCAGGACAAUGCCAAGAGCAACCUGUGAGCUUAAGGAGCUCCAGAUGUCUCACAGAAGAAUACUCUUAGCCCGACCACCCUCGCUUCUUCUGGCUAAGGGCCCUGAAGCCUGGGCCCUAGCUGGAGCGAGAGGAGUGUUUAUGUGUGUUUGUGUUUGUGUGUGAGUUUGUGAGAGCACUGCCCUCUCUGAUGGACACAUGAUGGACACCCGUUCAUCACAUUACAUGGUGCUCGGUUGACACUGUCCCAGUCAGACAAGAUCAGCAUUGAGCAGAAGGUGGACAUACAGUAUGUUAAGAAAGAUUUGCACAAAUGUGCAUGCUAACAAACUCAAUGAUGAAGAACAGAGUCUUACCUCUAGUCUUAUAUAGCUAUCUGUGAUGUUGAUGAUUUAGUAGAGAAAACCCACUGGGACUGCAGGGUCCAAGAGGAACCAUCACAAGCAAACAUCUACAACCAGCACCUCUGGAUGACCGGAAGAUUUAGUAAGAGAUACACUGAACUGAACUUGUCAAAAACUUAACUAAACCGGGUAAUGCAUUGCAGAGUGCAUGAGCUCUGUUUGAACCGAAUGAACCCCACAUGUCUCUGUAGAAAAGACCAACUUGGACCAGAAUUUCCAUGCAGGUUUAUGCUAAUGUGGUGCUGAUGGAUCAGCAAAGCCAAAAAUGAGUAAAGCUGAUUAGUCAAGAACAUUUACUGAUUAAGUAAGCGAAGAAGCCUUGCGGUGACCCCAGCACACCAGCAUUUUUGUUCGCAUAUAUUUUGGAAUCAACUGACGCUUUUGGGUACAUGUAACAUGUACAGAUGUUUGUGUGUAAUUUAAUUAAAACCAUCUUUGUCUUUGUACAAAAUGAAUUGCCAAGCUACAGUAUAGAUGUAGACUGAUCAAGUAUUGACCGGUAUUACCCGUGUGCCUUUUGCUGUAGGUCAUAGACUCCAAUAUUAAAACAAAAACACAAAGAUUCACCAUGCAAAGUAAGUAAAGUACAAAUCAGUCACCCAAUCGUCAGAGGUGAAAGUUGCUUAAAGCAGAUUCUGUAUAGUGAACAGGGCAUCAGGCACACAUUAGAUGAAUGUGCUACUAUUAAUAAUGACGAUUUGCUCCUUCAAGGAAAUAUGCUUGGUAUACUCAAGCAUGCAAAAUACAGCCACAUGUGAAAUGCUUCAAAGGGUCUGGGGUCAUUGCCUUAAUGGAGUAGCAUGACAGAUCUGAUUCCCCUGUGUCAGUGGUCAGAAGAGAUGACUGUCCACCAGACAUGUUGAUAUGUUCAAGAGUCAGUAUUAGUUAGCAACUGCUUCUUCUCUCGCAUACUUCUCAUCUCCUAAUAGGCAUUUGAAUCCUUUGCCAUAGAGUUUUGAAAGAUGUUCGGGAAGUGUAGGAGGAACUGUGAGGACAAGAGCCAGAAAGCGAAGAGAAAAUUUAGAACAAAUUACAACCUUCGACAUCGAUCAAAAUGGUUCCACACCAUAUCUGAUAUCUGUCAUGCUCAAUUCAAGACAUGCUAUAACAAAAAUACGCAACCGAAACAUUUUUACAGUUCUGUUUAGUGUCACUAAUGACGUAUAAAUGACAUACUUCACCUUUAAUGACAAUGAGCAGCUGAUGCCCCAUAUUGUGGCAUUUGUGUGCAUUUAUAUUUUCUUUAGAUCAUCAAACAUGUGAUGAUAAUGACGAUGAUUAACGCAGAUAACUAUGUGGGGCAAUUUGCACAAUUCUAAUUUAUAAUUGUUAAAUAUGUAGAUAUCUGUAAAUGCCUGUUGAGAUUUGUAAUGACUUUGUUUUACGGUGUCUGUUAUUUGUGCACAUGGUGUGUAUUCUCUGCUUGCUUUGGGGAGAGUGAGAGAAACACUUAGGUCCUGGUUUAGUGUUCAGUUAACUAAGAAGAGAAACUUCUGGCAUUUUUGUUUUUUUUUGCAACACCCAAGACCAAUUUUGCCUUUUGAGUGAAACCGGCUGAGAUAAUUCAAUCCUUCUGUGGUGAAAGUGAGAUAGUGGUGGCUAAUUUGUAAUAACUGCAGGUGAAAGACUUUUUAGCGUGCUAAGCGUCACAAAAUCCAGUUCGACUUUUUUCAGAAAAGUGAAAUACUUUAUUGCCACAAGGGAUCAAAGAACAUGAACUUGUUUGUCUGAGGUUGUCUGCCAAAACAAAACAUCCUGCUGAAUAUUUCAAACAGAUUUUCCAAAAUUGGCAUCAUGUAAUGUUAUCCAAGCAUGAGAGUAAUUGUGAAAGUUGAUAAAUCAUGCAUACAUGGGUCUGCCUUCUAUUUCCAUUGUCUCUGUUUCUUGUAGCCAAACUGAAGUGAUGCCAAAUUCUUCAGUGAGGGAGGCAAAGCGUCUGUUAUGCUCAUCUCUCUGCAUUCAAACUUCAGAACCUCUUGGAAUAUCUAGGAAUGAACUUGCCCAGAGUAUCCUUGGAGCCAUGCUUUGGAAGCAGGAGAGAUGGAAAGCGGAAUCUGUGUUCCGUCACAUGCAUUUGACGAAUUGAACCCAUUAUUUUUAAGUAUCUGAAUGGUAAUGAUGUCGCAUCAAAGUAUGAUAUGUUGAAACAGUCUAUAGUUAUUUUGAUGUAUAUAUAAGAAUAGCUUACUCAAAAAUGACAGUUUUGUCCUUCAUUUACAGUGUUGUUUAAUCUUAUAUUAUUCUUGUGUCAACACAAAAGGAUAGACCAAAAAUUUAAGUCGUUGUGACAAUCUUCCCUUUUGCUGUAGCUUUGAAACCUCAUUUGCGAUUUCCAAACAGUUAGUGUUGCAUUCGGUCACGUGAUGCAUGAGAAUCAAUUAUGUCAGUUAGGCAUAAAAAAAUUGGUUUGAACAUUGGUUUGUUCCUCACACAAAGCUAUUUUAUGACUUCAGAAAUCUUAGAAUUCAGCUCACAAAUUAGACGGACAAUUGGUGCUUGGUCGUACAUAAUCUGCUUUUCUUGUAUAGAAAAGAGCAGCUUUGACAUUCCAAUAUCUCAUUUGAAAUGUCAUGAAAUGAUUUGACAAUGUUUCAUUUUGAGUGAACUGUUCCUUUAAAUUUAAUUUGUUGGCAAAAAUUCAAAAACAUGCCACUAUAUCAAAUAAUUUUUCCGCGCAGUCCUUGCAAAAAUGUCAUAAAAGAUCUUGUUUGCCUCUGAAAUACUUUUUUCUUUGACUGCAGUGUAUUUUUUUUUUCUUUUUAAUUUAUCACAGUGUUGGUGUUUCAUAGUACACCUCAGCCACAUUGCAAAUGACUGAUGCAAAAUAAUAAAUCUGGAACACUCCCAUUAUAUUCAAAGACAAUGUCUACACUAUAAACAAACAGUGUGGAAGCUUUGCUCGUUGUAAUGGGUACAUUCUAGUUUUUUGUUGUGCUUGCUAUGUUGAUGGGUUAA